AUGUUGGGCAAAGCACAAGGCCUCUUCCCCAACUCAGAAGCUAAAGGCAAAAGCUCCGAGAAAGUUCUGAAUGAAACCCCGAAUUCUGAGCUCAGGCACGAUACUUUCGACGCAAUGGCUACACCUUUUCUGGCUGGUCUUGCAGUAGCUGCUACUGCGCUUGCUGGUAGAUAUGGUAUCCAGGCUUGGCAUGCAUUUAAGACACGACCGCCAAAACCUAGAAUGCGGAAAUUUUAUGAAGGUGGUUUCCAGCAGACAAUGACAAAGAGGGAAGCAGCUCUUAUUCUGGGUAUCAGGGAGAAUGCACCUGCAGACAAGGUCAAGGAAGCACAUAGAAAGGUGAUGGUUGCAAACCAUCCUGAUGCAGGCGGUAGCCAUUACCUAGCAUCCAAAAUCAAUGAAGCAAAAGAUGUGAUGCUUGGAAAGACAAAGGGCAGUGGAUCAGCAUUUUGA